CUGAUUAGGUGAUAAGAGAGAUCGAUAUUUAUGGCGUAUUUUAGUAGGCACUAAAGCCGGUGGCGGCUAGGCGAACCGAACGAGUGUACUCGCAUGGUCCCUAAAUUGACGUUCGCUUGAAAAACAAAAAAAUAAGGGGGGAAGCGGCAAUUUUACCCAUGAACAGUAGAGGGCGGUGAGCUGGUAAUAGCCAUCUUCGGCCAAACAAGGAAGUGACAACAACAAAACAAGGAAGAAAUGCGCUGGAGAAUAUAAACAAAGAUUUUUUUAUAACUAAACCAAGAUAGACUACAUACUGUCGUUUCCAAAGGGAACAAAUUAGUCAUUGUGGGCAGAGCCAAGCACGAGCCAAAGAGAUCCUAUUGGCGUGUUCUGGCAUGCAUCUGCAUAUUUCCGUUAGGGAACGCCUACUCUGAUGUGUGCUAUAACUCAAUUCUCUUUUGCACUCCUCCUAAGCAACGCUAUUGUUUAAAAACAUUUUCAAAUGGUAAAGUCUACAAAACGUAGUCCACUCUGUUCAUAACAUAUUCUAGUUUUGGGAACAGAAAACUGUAUUGACAUCAAAUGUUUAAUUGAUGAGAAAAUGUGCAGAAUCUAGGUCAAAAUCCAUCUCAUUCGUCUUCACUGGCCGCAGAUGCUUGACAUCUAUACAUCCGGUGGAAUAUAUGUCUCAUUGUUCAAUCUGUGAUAUAGUAGUGUACACAGAGAGACACUUGACUGGCGAGAUAAUGGAAGGUGUGCGAAUUGCCCAGGAUCUACUAGAUUUGAUGUACAUAGCAACACUUAUAAUAGGGAUCUACUAUCAAUCACUCAAAUGUAUUUAUAUAGCCCUUCUUACAUCAGCUGAUAUCUCGAAGUGCUGUACAGAAACCCAGCCUAAAACCCCAAACGGCAAGCAAUGCAGGUAUAGAAGCACAGCGGCUAGGAAAAACUCCCUAGAAAGGCCAAAACCUAGGAAGAAACCUAGAGAGGAACCAGGCUAUGAGGGGUGGCCAGUCCUCUUCUGGCUGUGCCGGGUGGAGAUUAUAACAGAACAUGGCCAAGAUGUUCAUAGAUGACCAGCAGGGUCAAAUAAUAAUAAUCACAGUAGUUUUCGAGGGUGCAACAGUUCAGCACCUCAGGAGUAAAUGUCAGUUGAGUAUCUCUACCGCCCCUGCUGUCUCUAGAGAGUUGAAAACAGCAGGUCUGGGACAGGUAGCACGUCCGGUGAACAGGUCAGGGUUCCAUAGCCGCAGGCAGAACAGUUGAAACUGGAGCAGCAGCACGGCCAGGUGGACUGGGGACAGCAAGGAGUCAUCAGGCCAGGUAGUCCUGAGGCAUGGUCCUAGGGCUCAGGUCCUCCGAGAGAAAGAAUUAGAGAGAGCAUACUUAAAUUCACAUAGGACACUGGAUAAGACAGGAGAAAUACUCCAGAUAUAACAGACUGACCCUAGCCCCCCGAGACACAAACUACUGCAGCAUAAAUACUGGAGGCUGAGACAGGAGGGGUCAGGAGACACUGUGGCCCUGUCCGACUUUACACCGGGACUGCCAACAUGGCAGGAUAUAACGCCACCCACUUUGCCAAAGCACAGCCCCCACACCACUAGAGGGAUAUCUUCAACCACCAACUUACCAUCCUGAGACCAGGCAGAGUAUAGCCCACAAAGAUCUCCGCCACGGCACAACCCAAGGGGGGGCGCCAACCCGGACAGGAAGGUCACGUCAGUGACUCAACCCACUCAUGUGAAGCACCCCUCUUAGGAAUGGCAUGGAAGAGCACCAGUAAGCCAGUGACUCAGCCCCUGUAAUAGGGUUAGAGGCAGAGAAUCCCAGUGGAGAGAGGGGUACUGGCCAGGCAGAGACAGCAAGGGCGGUUCGUUGCUCCAGAGCCUUUCCGUUCACCUUCACACUCCUGGGCCAGACUACACUCAAUCACAAGACCUACUGAAGAGAUGAGUCUUCAAUAAAGACUUAAAAGUUGAGACAGAGUCUGCGUCUCUCACAUGGAUAGGCAGACCAUUCCAUAAAAAUUGAGCUCUAUAGGAGAAAGCCCUGCCUCCAACUGUUUGCUUAGAAAUUCUAGGGACAGUAAGGAGGCCUGCAUCUUGUGACCGUAGCGUACGUGUAGGUAUGUACAGCAGGACCAAAUCGGAAAGAUAGGUAGGAGCAAGCCCAUGUAAUGCUUUGUAGGUUAGCAGUAAAACCUUGAAAUCAGCCCUUGCCUUAACAGGAAGCCAGUGUAGAGAGGCUAACACUGGAGUAAUAUGAUCAAAUUUUGGGGUUCUAGUCAAGAUUCUAGCAGCCGUAUUUAGCAGUAACUGAAGUUUAUUUAGUGCUUUAUCCGGGUAGCUGGAAAGUAGAGCAUUGCAGUAGUCUAAUCUAGAAGUGACAAAAGCAUGGAUACAUUUUUCUGAAUCAUUUUUGGCCAGAAAAUGUCUGAUUUUUGCAAUGUUACGUAGAUGGAAAAAAGCUGUCCUUGAAACAGUCUUGAUAUGUUCGUCAAAAGAGAGAUCAGGGUCCAGAGUAACGCCGAGGUCCUUCAGUUUUAUUUGAGACGACUGUACAACCAUCAAGAUUAAUUGUCAGAUCCAACAGAAGAUCUCUUUGUUUCUUGGGACCUAGAACAAGCAUCUCUGUUUUGUCUGAGUUUAAAAGUAAAACAUUUGCCACCAUCCACUUCCUUAUGUCUGAAACACAAGCUUCCAGGGAGGGCAAUUUUGGUGCCUCACCAUGUUUUAUCGAAAUGUACAGCUGUGUGUCAUCCGCAUAGCAGUGAAAGUUAACAUUAUGUCUCCGAAUCACAUCACCAAGAGGUAAAACAGAUAGUGAAAACAAUAGCGGUCCUAAAAUGGAACCUGAUUUGAUGUACUAGAAUACUAGAUCUGUUGUACCUAGCAAAACGCAUAAUAGGGAUCUACUAGAUUUGUUGUACCUAGCAACACGCAUAAUAGGGAUCUACUAGAUUUGAGGUACCUAGCAACACGCAUAAUAGGGAUCUACUAGAUUUGUUGUACCUAGCAACACGCAUAAUAGGGAUCUACUAGAUUUGAGGUACCUAGCAACAUGCAUAAUAGGGAUCUACUAGAUUUGAGGUACCUAGCAACACAUAUAAAGACUAAGAUGGCGCCAAAGAAUAUGGCUGACGUUUUACAUUCUCCCAACCAGUUGUGCUAUUUUGUUAAUUUUUUUGUAUUUUGUUUAACUUAUUUUUUAACUUAUUGUGUACAUAAUGUUGCUGCUACCGUCUCUUAUGACUGAAAAUAACUUCUGGACAUCAGAACAGCGAUUACUCACCGCGGACUAGAAUAAACAUUUUCCUCUAACGAGUCAGACGAGAAGGAUAUCCUGCUUUCACUGGAACAGGCCCAGACCCCCGCCUUUUUCGAGCGAGUAAACUCCCACUGCCAUCCGUUCUUGCUAACGUGCAAUCAUUGGAAAAUAAAAGUGAUGACCUACAAUUUAAGAUUAUCUUACCCACGGGACAUUAAAAACUGUAACAUCUUAUGUUUCACCGAGAGGUGGCUGAACGAAGACACGGACAAUAUAGAUCUAGCGGGAUUUUCCAUGAACCGGCAGAACAGAGACGCUACCUCUGGUAAGACGAGGGGUGUGUGUCUAUUUGUCAGUAACAGCUGGUGCGCGAUGUCUAACAUUAAAGAAGUCUCAAGGUAUUGCUCUCCUGAGGUAGAGUACCUCAUGAUAAACUAUAGACCACAUAUCUACCAAGAGAGUUCUCAUCUAUAUUAUUUGUAGCCGUCUAUUUACCACUACAGACCGAUGCUGGCACUAAGACCGCUCUCAACCAACUCUAUAAGGCCAUAAGCAAAGAAGAAAAUCCUCACCCAGAAGCGGCGCUCCUAGUGGCUGGGGACUUGUUGGAUGUGGCAAGGCUUGAAAACUAUUAUGGUCUACAAAGGGAAACUAAGACACGAGCUGCCCAGUUACGCGAGCCUAUCAGGCAAGCUAAAUGCCUUUUAUGCUCACUUCGAGGCAAGCAACACUGAAGCAUGCACGAGAGCACCAGCUGUUCUGAAUAACUGUGUGAUAACGCUCUCAGUAACCGAUGUGAACAAAACCUUUAAACAGGUCAACAUUCACAAAGCCGCUGGGCCAGACAGAUUACCAGACCCAUAGUGCCUACCAAGCUCAUUUCUAAGCUAAGGACUCUAGGACUAAACACCUCCCUCUGCAUCUGGAUCCUGGACCUCCUGACGGGCCGCCCCCAAGUGGUAAGAGUAGGCAACAACAGUUCUGCCACGCUGAUCCUUGAAACUGGGGCCCCUCAGGGGUGUGUACUUAGUCCCCUUCUGUACUCCCAUUUCACCCACGACUGCGUGGCCAAACACGACUCCAACACCAUUAAGUUUGCUGACGACACAACAGUGGUAGGCCUGAUCACCGACAAUGAUGAGACAGCCUAUAGGGAGGAGGUCAGAGAACUGGCAGUGUGGUGCCAGGACGACAACCUCUCCCUCAAUGUGAGCAAGAAGAAGGAGGUGAUCGUGGAAUACAGGAAAAGGCGGGCCGAACACGCCCCCAUUAAUAUCAACGGGCUGUAGUGGAGCGGGUUGAGAGUUUCAAGUUCCUUGGUGUCCACAUCACCAACAAACUAUCAUGGUCCAAACACACCAAGACAGUCGUGAAGAGGGCACGACAAAACCUUUUCACCCUCAGGAGACUGAAAAAAUUUGGCAUGGGUCCUCAGAUCCUCAAAAAGGUUCUACAGCUGCACCAUCGAGAGCAUCCUGACUGGUUGCGUCACCGCCUGGUAUGGCAACUUCUCUGCAUCUGACCGCAAGGCGUUACAGAGGGUAGUGCGUACGGCCCAGUACAUCACUAGGACCAAGCUUCCUGCCAUCCAGGACCUACAGUAUAUAAUAGGCGGUAUCAGAGGAAAGCCCAUAAAAUUGUCAGAGACUCCAGUCACCCAAGUCAUAGACUGUUUUUCUCUGCUGCUGCACGGCAAGCGGUACCGGAGCGCCAAGUCUAGGACCAAAAGGUUCCUUAACAGCUUCUAUCCACAGGCCAUAAGACUUCAGAACAAUUCAUUAAAUCGCCACUGGACAAUUUACACUGACCCCCCCCAACCCCAAAUGAUGGGCCCCUUUUGUACACUGCUGCUACUUGCUGUUUAUUAUCUAUGCAUAGUCACUUCACCCCUACCUACAUGUAAAAUUACCUGAACUAACCUGUACCCCCGCACACUGAGUCGGUACCGGUACCCCUGCACACUGAGUCGGUACCGGUACCCCCUGUAUAUAGCCUCGUUAUUCUUAUUGUGUUACUUUUUAUUAUUACUUUUUAUUUUAGUCUACUUGGUAAAUAUUUUCUUAACUCUUCCUGCACUGUUGGUUAAGGGCUUGUAAGUAAACAUUUCACGGUAAGGUCUACACUUAUUGUAUUCGGUGCAUGUGACAAAUAAAGUUUUGAUUUGAUAUAAUAGGGAUCUACUAGAUCUGAUGUACCUAGCAGCACACAUAAUAGGCCAGAUACGUAGACAGAGAAGAUGCCCGCUACAGGUUCAUAAUGGUGGAUGUAGGGGCGUACGGCCGACAGAGCAAUGGUGGAGGCAUUCAAUAAUUAUUUUGGGUCUAAACUGCUGCAGAAGACCCUUGAUUUACCACCGCCAGCUGUCCUGCCAGUACCACCACCAGUACCACCACCAGUACCACAACCAGUACCAGUACCACCACCAGUACCACCACCAGUACCAGUACCACCACCAGUACCACCAGUACCAGUACCACCACCAGUACCACCACCAGUACCACCACCAGUACCAGUACCAGUACCACCACCACCAGUACCACCACCAGUACCAGCACCAGUACCACCACCAGUACCAGUACCAGUACCACCACCAGUACCAGUACCACCACCAGUACCAGUACCACCACCAGUACCACCACCAGUACCAGUACCACCACCAGUACCAGUACCACCACCAGUACCACCACCAGUACCAGUACCACCACCAGUACCAGUACCACCACCAGUACCACCAGUACCAGUACCACCACCAGUACCACCACCAGUACCACCACCAGUACCAGUACCAGUACCACCACCACCAGUACCAGCACCAGUACCAGUACCAGUACCAGUACCACCACCAGUACCAGUACCACCACCAGUACCAGUACCACCACCAGUACCACCACCAGUACCAGUACCACCACCAGUACCAGUACCACCACCAGUACCACCACCAGUACCACCACCACCACCACCAGUACCACCACCAGUACCACCAGUACCACCACCAGUACCACCACCAGUACCAGUACCACCACCAGUACCAGUACCAGUACCACCACCAGUACCACAACGACACUUCCUCGUGUUUCCCUGGGAGAUGCAGCUUUCCCUCCACAUGAGAACCUCAUCCAGGUGUCUCAAUAAACCUGGAGGUACCUUGAACCAUCACCACUCUCGUUCUCGUAGUCAGAGAAUGCAUUUGGCAUUAUGGCUUCGAUGAGGAUUCUUGGUCGUCCAAUCGAGUGUACCCCUGAAAAAGGCCUCCACAACGACCUGUCUUCCAUGGAACAUUGCUGCUAUAACAGCCUCCACUCUUCUGGGAAGGCUUUCCACUAGAUGUUGGAACAUUGCUGCUAUGACAGCCUCCACUCUUCUGGGAAGGCUUUCCACUAGAUGUUGGAACAUUGCUGCUAUAACAGCCUCCACUCUUCUGGGAAGGCUUUCCACUAGAUGUUGGAACAUUGCUGCUAUAACAGCCUCCACUCUUCUGGGAAGGCUUUCCACUAGAUGUUGGAACAUUGCUGCUAUAACAGCCUCCACUCUUCUGGGAAGGCUUUCCACUAGAUGUUGUAACAUUGCUGCUAUAACAGCCUCCACUCUUCUGGGAAGGCUUUCCACUAGAUGUUGGAACAUUGCUGCUAUAACAGCCUCCACUCUUCUGGGAAGGCUUUCCACUAGAUGUUGGAACAUUGCUGCUAUAACAGCCUCCACUCUUCUGGGAAGGCUUUCCACUAGAUGUUGGAACAUUGCUGCUAUAACAGCCUCCACUCUUCUG